CAUAUCGCCAAAGCCUGACCGGCAUAUUUUUGCUUUGACCUUUAAAAAGUUACAACUGUCAAAUAUUAAUGCAUUUAGCCCGGAAAGUUCUUAUGCAAACAUCACCUGUUUUAACAAAUUUUGUGGCAAAUAAGCGAGCAACUAUUAUUUCAAGUGGAUUUAGCAACUUCGAGAAAAGGUUUCACAACAUGUCCAAGACAGCCCUAGUGAUUCUGGCGCAGGGAGCCGAGGAGAUGGAAACCGUCAUCACAGUUGACAUGCUCAGGCGGAGCGGUGUGACCGUCACAAUGGCCGGUCUUGACGGGAGCGCCCCAGUGCUGUGCUCCCGCCAAGUGACCCUGGUCCCCGAUAAGGCUUUGGCUGAUGCUUUGGCCGACACACCUCAGUAUGAUGCGGUGAUCCUUCCCGGAGGUCUCGAAGGGUCGGAGCGUCUGUCCAAGUCGUCCGUCGUGGGUACCCUGCUGAAGGAACACGAGAAAGCGGGCAAAAUCGUCGCUGCUAUCUGCGCCGCUCCAACUGCGUUCGUAGCUCACGGCAUCGGUCACGGCAAGCGCGUCACGUCAUACCCCACUACUAAAGACAAGAUCACCGGUGACUACACCUAUGUGGAGGGGGAGAGGGUGGUCGUUGACGGCAAUGUGGUUACUAGCAGGGGUCCCGGGACAGCGUACUGGUUUGGUCUUUCUCUCAUCCAGCUGCUGGUUGGCAAAGAGAAGGCGGACCAAGUGGAAAAAGGAAUGGUCAUCAGCUCAUACUAAAAGCAUAAUUUGUGACUUUUCAACCAAAAGGUACCAGAUUGUCGCUUGUCGAUAAGGUUGAUUUCUAAUUGAAGCUGUAUGGAAAUAGCGCCUUACUGACAAGCGACAAUAAGUACCCUUUUGAUUGUGAAUGGCACAUUUAUGGUUACCGCAGCGUAAGGAGAGGCCACAUACAUACUCGUAGGGUCUCUAUAGUUUCCCAUAAAGUUUUAAGUCAUAAAUGUAAACAAACCUAACCUAACCUAUCUAUCGGAUAACCUUAGGAAAAUCCUAAAAAGUUAACGGUUUCAGAAUUAUAAUUAUGGGGUAUAUGUUGGGUCGCAUAACAAUUGAUUGUCCUAAUGUGUUCGUUGAUCGGGUCGCCACUUUCCCGAAUGAAGGUUGAGGGAGACGAUGGCUGAGAUACGCGUCAUACUCGUGAACGGGUGCUGUUUGUGGAGACCGGUCUGUUUAAGUUUACACGGGCUUCAUUUUACCUAUGUAACUUUACUUUUGAGUGGCAUUAAGAGCCCUUAUUCCCUGGAGCGUUUAUCGAUUUCACGAAAUAACACUCAAUAGAUGGCGUUGACGCGCGGUACGCGAGCGCCGGCAACUAUAACGCGUUUUGAACGCAGAGAAGAAUAAUCUUGAUCUUUGUCUAUUUCAACAGCAAGUAACAUUAUUUUUAUUGUUAUAGCCCCUCUUUUAUUUUAUUUUAUAUGCAUGGUAGUAGUAAUUUCAGUUUAUUAUGUUAAGAACAUAUACAUACUUGUACCCAGAGAUGACCAGGGUGCCUAGCCAAGAUGCCAACCGUUUAGGUACUUAUAGUUUACAUUAAAACCAAAUCUGCAGCUGGCCUCUGAAAUGGGUAAUAGAAACGCGAUCCGUAUGUCUUUCAUUUUCCAAAUGACCAGGGUGCCUAGCCAAGAUGCCAACCGUUUAUGCUCCGUAGCAAACGAAACGUAACUGUCUCUGCCGCACUAAUAUUGAAGAGUGCAAAACGCAUCUGCAAAACGAAACACAUACGGAACGCGUUUCUAUUACCCAUUACAGUGGCCAGCCAUAGAUUUGGUUUUAACGUAAACUAUAAUAGGUACCUAAACCUGGGUGCCUAGCCAAGAUGCCAGUCGUUCGUUCCGCAGCGAACGAUAGGGUAAUCUCUCUCUAUCACUCUUCCAUAUUAGUGCGACAGAGACGGUUUCGUUUCGUUCGCUACGGAGCGUAAACAGUUGGCAUCUUGGCUAGGCACCCUGGUCAUCUGCAAAGCGAAACACAUACAGAACGCGUUUCUAUUACCCAUUACAGUGGCCAGCUAUAGAUUUGGUUUUAAUGUAAACUAUAGGUACCUUAACCUGGGUGCCUAGCCAAGAUGCCAGUCAUUCGUUCCGCAGCGAACGAUAGGGUAAUCGCUCUCUAUCACUCUUGCAUAUUAGUGCGACAGAGACGGUUGCGUUUCGUUCGCUACGGAGCGUAAACAGUUGGCAUCUUGGCUAGGCACCCUGGUCAUCUGCAAAGCGAAAUACAUACGGAACGCGUUUCUACUACCCAUUCAGAGGCCAGCUACAGAUUUGGUUUUAAUGUAGACUAUAGGUACCUAAACGGUUGGCAUUUUGGCUAGGAACCCUGGUCAUCUGGAAAGCGAAAGACAUAAGGAACGCGUUUCUACUACCCAUUUUAGAGGCCAGCUACAGAUUUGGUUUUAAUGUAAAUUAUAUUAUAGAUACCUAAACGGUUGGCAUCUUGGCUAGGCACCUUGGUCAUCUGGAAAGGGAAAGACAUACGGAACCCGUUUCUACUACCCAUUCAGAGGCCAGCUACAGAUUUGGUUUUAAUGAAAACUAUAGGUACCUAAACGGUUGGCAUCUUGGCUAGGCACCCUGGUCAUCUAGAAAGCGAAAGAUACAAGGAACGCGUUCCUACGACCCAUUUUAGAGGCCAGCUACAGGUUUGGUUUUAAUGUAAACUAUAUUCUAGGUACCUAAACGGUUGGCAUCUUGGCUAGGCACCUUGGUCAUCUGGAAAGGGAAACACAUACGGAACCCGUUUCUACUACCCAUUCAGAGGCCAGCUACAGAUUUGGUUUUAAUGUAAACUAUAGGUACCUAAACGGUUGGCAUCUUGGCUAGGCACCCCUGAACAGACCCGAUCACCUAGGCGAAAAAAUUUAAUAUUUGUGCUAUAAAAUGUACCUAUGAUUACAUUGAUCACCUAAGGAUCAAGAUUUUCUAAUCGCAGUAUACACCACUUCUCGGAACUAGCUCGUUGAUUACGAACGAAACAAACGCCUGACGAUCGAGCGCAGGUCCGUCCCCUAAGCGCGCCCGGCGGAGACUGAGCGCGCAGUGUCGGUGCAGCGUGAUUUAUACGUCUUUUAAAAAUAUUUAAAUUUACGGUAAAAUAGGUCCUAUAGUUAUGAUUAUUUUUUGAUGGGUACACAUAAAGUUAGAGUUUGCUAUAAUAUUAUUUUGAGGGCAAAAUAUAAGUACAAUUUGCGAUAAAAAAAUAUAAUGCGACCCUGUUUUCACCGAAAAAAUGAAGAAAACUCGGAAGGUAUUUUAUCAAUUUUCUUAAAUGAAUCUUUGAUUUUCAAUCAUUUUAGCCCCUCGUCCAAGAUAUUGUAAUCAUUAAUGUACCAAAUGAUUCUUGUUUACUGCAAAAUUGGCAACCGAAACGACACCUUUCACUGCAAAUUUUGAAAAAUACUCCCAGGAAAACUCAUUUAUUUUAGGUUUAAAAAGAGAAAAUGCUAACUUUAAUUAUUUUAGCCGCUAGUUUAGGAAAUGAUUAUUUAAGAACGUUAACAGUUUUUGAAUAAAUACUAAUAGUUACGUCGUAAUGUUGAAUGAAAAAGGAAGCAUUUUGCAAAAUACGCUCGUUUGUAGGAAUAAGGCCUCUUAACGU